CGCCCGCCUCAACGACGCCAACGACAACAACCUACCUCCAAAAUCGCCCUGCCCUGAUUGAGCCACCGGCAAUCGCCGUUCCGGCGCCAACUCCAGAAUGAAUGUAGCAAAUGUUCCUGCGACCGUUAGGAUAUCCGGCCCACCGAACAGCAGUUUCCUGGUGGGCUACCCCGGCAUCUCGGCGACUCUGCCCAGAAUUGUCGGCAAGGUCGAAAUCCGCCCCGGCGCAGGCUUCUCAGCCGCGGUGAACAUUUCGAUGGUGCGCAUCUGUCUCCAGCGCCGAGAGACGAUACACCCGGCGGCCGAAAAUGUUGCGAAACGACACCUAGGGACGCCGCGGCGCGAGACGGCGGAUCUGGUGGGGAAGGAGGUGCUUCUCUUUCGAUGUGUAUCAGGGAAGGAGGCGGAGAGCGUGAUUGCCAUGGACCUACCAUUCCAGAUAUUUAUACCCUUUGGGCGCGGGGGUGAAGAGACAAACCGCCGGAUCCCGCCUGCGAGCUUGCAACUCCCCAGUCGAAUCGCCGAGACGUAUUACGAGCUCGUGGUCACGGUUCAGCAAGGGUCCAGCAUGCAGAAUCGAUACAGCUUCCCCAUCCCUCUUCAGCGGUACGACACGCUCUCGACGUUCGGCAUGUACAACCGCCCGGAGACCCGGGUGGCCACGGCAGACCACAUUGUGAACUUGGGCAUAUCGCUCCCGAAAUGGAGUUAUGGACCAUUGGACCCCAUUACGGUCUAUGUCAAGCUCUCGCCAAAUCCGGACUAUCUGAACAAGGCGAAGAGGGUGACAAUACAGAAGAUUACGCUCACCAUCGAAGAGGAGAUUACGUUCAAUCCGGAAGGGGACGAGCCGACAAAGAAGAUCAACAAAAUCGCGAAACACACGCAGACGGUGGGGACGAAGAUGCCUGAGACCGGAUACAUUACGAACCUAGGGCUCGUGCUGCCUGCGCGGGACCUCCGGGAUCCGGAUGGCAUAAUAAAAAGGGGUAAGCCGGCAUUUCCGAUGUACGAGGUUACGAGCUUCACGACAACAUCAACGCUCUAUAAGAUCGAGUUCUUUCUGAGUAUCAAGGCGCACAUGACGUCAGCUCGGGAUAUCACAUUACGCCAGCCGAUCGUAGUGUGCCCAUUGGAUCAGCAAGCUUGCAAGGAGGAGAUGGAUGCCAUCGAGCAGGCGGCAAAGGACGCCUCACAUGUCGAUCCGAACAACCCUAUUCUUCCAGACCGGACUAUCGUCCUGGCUAGCGAAAGGAACUCGAUCCGGCAUCUUGGGUUGUGUGAGGUCGGGGGUGUCAAGAAGAUGCUAAUCGAAUGAUACCGAGAUACCCACGUUAUUAGUUAAAAAUCGGAUAGCCGACACAGCGCACGGCGCCGACCAGGAACGCCUUGCGCAUGCAGCAGGAACCACCAUUCGCGGCUAAGGAACCUCGACUGUUCCUAACAGCUAGCCGAGUCGAGAGUUUCUUCCCUGACUGAAUGUCGAAGGGCGCGCGAAUGGAUGACGAGCAAACUGGUGGCUGGACAUCCAGCAAAGCACCUUUUUGCUGAACGGAUUCGUUGGCUACACUAGGUAUCGGCAGGCUUUGGGGAUUAGCCGACAAAGGGGAGAGUCAAAAAUACCCAGCGCCCCGCAUCAUAGUCAUGAAUGAUGGGAACCGUGCGAUUUUGCGGAUCUUGG